AUGCCCAAAUAUACCAAGUUGCUCAAGGAUAUGUUAAGCAAGAAGAGAUGCCUUACUGAGUAUGUAACUGUGGCACUGACAAAGGAGACAACUAGCAUAAUUAAGCCCCACAACCCUCUGAAGUGUAAGGAUCCUAGUUCUUUUUCUAUCCCAUGCUUUAUUGGGGAACAAUUUAAAGGUUGUGCACUAUGUGACUUGGGGUCUAUUGUGAACCUUAUAGCCCUCUCUGUUUUUAAGAAGCUCCAUUUUGAAGAAGCUAGUCCUACGAUUGUUACACUUCAGUUAGCUAACAGAAGUCUCUCAUAUCUAUACAGCAUCAUCGACAUUGAAGAGGACAAAGAGAUUCCACUAAUUGUUAGAAGACCAUUUAUGGCUACGGCAAAAAUAUUAGUGGAUGUAGAGAAAGGGACAAUAAGUCUAUGA